AUGUCUGGGACAUCUACAAAGAGACCGAUAGAAGAUAGUCCGGAGAGUGCUAAGAAGAGGAUCUGUGCUGAUGAGGAUAAGUCGAGCAGCGGUAUCGACAACACGAAUAGUUCACAACGUUGUGUACAGAGCUCUACGGACUGUGAUCAACAGGAUGUACCAAAGGAAGCUGAUGGAAGGGAUGAAACGCAACCACAGGUGAUCGCUGUGGCUUCACCAGAGAAUGCAGUGCUGGACCUCACUGACCAAGAAGAGAACCACUCGAUAUACGACUUUGAUGACCUCGAUGACGAAGACAUACCCUAUACCCAUUCCAGAUCACAGUCACCUGAAGUUGUAAUAUCAGACGCAGAGCCAGUACGGUCCAAAGCCAACAAGAAUAAGACAAACACACCAGUGCCUUCCGAUGCGGAGGUGAUCGCCAUCAACGAUGAUGAUAUCACCCGUGAGUACUUUGUGAUAUCGGAUGACGACGACGAUGGCGAUGAUAAGAACGCUGAUGAUGACAAGGAUGGUGAUGCGGAUACACAGAAAUCUGUUUCCGUUCAACUGGCUGAUAAUACCAGAAUCAACAACUCAAACCUCAACACUGCCCACUGUGCUGUUUGUUUCGAUAGUCCUGAAGAGACCAUCGUCUUACCCUGUGGCCACAUUUACUGUCUGGAUUGUGUGUUUAAGGCAUUAAGCUCCAUGAAGACGAGCACCAAACAUGGAGGACCGUGUUCUCUGUGUAGAGCUACAACAUCUUACAAGAGGUUAAUAGUUGGCAUCUUCAAGAAGAAGAAGAAAUCACUACAGGGACGGUAA